GCCAUUCAACGCCCGUCGCUGUGGACGCGCACGAACACAUGGCCGCGCACGUUCAGUUAGAAUAAUUUAAGCAGGCACGAGCACGUGCGCGUACUCGUAUUCUUUGUGUGGCAGUCAAGAGAAGCGCCAAAAGAGUGACCAUGGCUGAUGAAAAACCAAAGGAAGCGGUGAAGACAGAAAACAAUGAACACAUAAACCUGAAGGUAGCAGGUCAGGAUGGAUCUGUAGUGCAGUUCAAGAUCAAGAGACACACGCCGCUCAUAAAGCUUAUGAAGGCCUACUGCGAGAGACAGGGACUGUCGAUGAGGCAAAUCAGGUUCAGAUUUGACGGACAGCCAAUAAAUGAGACAGACACACCGGCACAGUUGGAAAUGGAAGACGAAGAUACGAUUGAUGUGUUUCAACAACAGACAGGAGGCCUGAUUUAAUCAACCACGUGCAACCACCAGCAUCCUCCUCAACACACACAACCGACUCCCGCCCCCCCCGGCCUGUGACACACAGCGGCUGCUUCUUUACUACAACUGUUGGGUCAUUUCAACGGAAUUCCACGCAGAAGAAGUUUUCAUUUCUCUGCCACACAUACCUGCUGUAUAGUAUUUUCAUUCUUGCCCCUGUUACUUUUCUGUCUUUGUACAUAAACCACAUCCAGAUCGCCUUGAGUUCAGGUUUUGUUUGUUCAUGCCUUAAUGUGGUAAAAGUUAAGGACUUGCCUUCCCGUUCGGUGGGGUUUGUUCUCAAGAUGAAGACGUGGACUGGUGACAGAGUGAGAUGUAAUACAGCUGACAUCAAUGAUCGAAUGCGGUUGGGCUAGGCUUGGUCAGUGUUAAACAAAUCUGUUCUUAAAGGGACAGUUCCCCCAACAAGUUUAAUAUACAUGCUACUCCUUUUACCCAUAGUGCUAUUAAUCCAUCUAGAUUGGUUUGGUUUUGCUUGUCAUGCUCAAAUGAACAAACUAAUACACAGGCCUUGUUUUAUGCAGAUUCACGCUGGAUUUUCUUUCUAGAUGCAUGUUUUAUCUACAAAAAACUCAGUAAAUCCCAUCAAAAGGAUCUAGAUGAAUAAAUAGCACUAACAUUCAGAGGGAAAACGGGUAUACUAAGGGUAAAGUGUCUCUUUAAGGUGUACAAUUCUGGGGCUGGCAUUUCUAGUCUGGAAGUGGGGCUAGGUUAUAAUUUGGUCUUGGUGAUCUUCAUUAAAAAAAAAAAAAAAAUGAUUUUAUACAUUUUUUUUAUAUAUAUAAAUAUAUAUAUAUAGGAGUAGAUGUGUAGAGAUUUUGAUUAAUCAUUUUACUAGGCCACUUCAGAUUUUGGGAAGCCUGAAGAGAUGUUUCAGUUUAAACAAACAUCUGUAUUGUUAAAAACAUGCCUGUUAAAAUAAAGCUAUUGUCUUUUUUUUCCAAACUUUCA